CGAGGAUCGUUCCCAGUCGUAGGCAACAACUGCACUUUCUUCUGGGGAAAUUCCACCUUACGAAACCUUAUAUCCUCGAUCACCUCCAAUUCGCCUUUACGGAUACCCAUAAGUCGCGACGCUGUUCGAUACCCAUCCCAGUUUUCUCUGUCCAAGAACCCGAACGCCCCACUAUCAACUAGCCCUCCGAUAGCAAGUCUCGACUCAGAGAUCUGGAUCGAGACUCCCAACACUGAAAUCCUCUCGAAGAAGCCUGGAGUAUAUCUCGGGGCUCGGCGGUCGGUCGACUUAGAAUCCCUCCGGCCAGCAGUACGCAGCACAUGAUGUCUGGAGUGUGGGGUUGGUUUGGUGGGCAGAGUGCCCAGAAGAGGAAAGAUGCACCAAAGAAUGCUAUCCUCGGAUUACGAUCGCAGCUUGAGAUGCUGCAGAAACGGGAGAGACAUUUGCAGAAUCAGAUGGAUGAACAAGAUGCGAUAGCGAGGAAGAACGUCAGCACCAAUAAGAAUGCCGCAAGAGCCGCACUGAGGCGGAAGAAGCAACACGAACACACGCUUGAGCAGACAUCGGCACAGAUAGCCACGCUGGAACAACAAAUAUACUCCAUCGAGGCCGCAAACAUUAAUAGAGAGACUCUUGUAGUAAUGGAGCGUGCAGGCCAGGCUAUGUCACAAAUACAUGGCCAGCUCAACAUCGAUAAAGUUGAUGAGACAAUGGAGAAACUUCGAGAACAACAUGCACUUGGCGAGGAAAUCGCACAGGCUAUCACAAGCGCCCCUCUUGGCGAGACUGUUGAUGAAUCAGAAUUGGAUGAUGAGCUGGCUGAACUUGAACAAGAGCAACUUGACAACAAGAUGCUGAAAACGGGUACUGUUCCAGUGUCGGAUGAGAUCCAUAGAUUACCUGCGGCUGCGAAUGGAGAGAUCAAAGGCAAAGCGCCGGCGGUCGAGGAGGAUGACGAGGAGGAAGAACUCCGAAAACUGCAGGCUGAGAUGGCCAUGUGAUUGCGAUGGAGGACUGGUCAUAGCGUUCUUUGAUAUA